AGUUCGGUAUAACCUCCAAAAGUAGUCUUGUUUCUUAUUAAAGAGGUAGUUAAAUUAAUAUUGAUAUUGAACAUACCUAAGGAAUAUUAUUAAACUAUGGAACCGUAUAACAUUAAUACACUUUAUACCUUUGAUACCGAGUACAGUGCUGAUUCCGUCGAAUGGUGUCCUCAUAAGCCAAACCAAAAUAUAUUUGUUUGUGCAAACUAUCAGCUAGUAGACAAUCCAACAGAAUCCACUACCAAAAAGAGAAUAGGAAGGUUGUUACUUUUCUUGAUUGACUCAGAUUAUGGAUUAAAGUUACUUCAGACUAUCGAUACACCAGCAAUACUGGAUCAGAAAUGGUGCCAUAAGCAAUUAUGGAAUUGUUCUGUUCUUGGAGUUACUAAUGCUGAAAAGAAAGUAAAUAUUUAUAAGCUUAAUAACGAAACAUUACAACUGGAACUAAUAACCUCCUGUGAUGUAGACACAGAUGUAUCAGAAACGUUAGUUCUCUCAUUGGAUUGGUCAACGGCUAUAUCAAAUACUGAUAAACUGGAAAUCAGUUGUAGUGAUUCCAAAGGAAAUAUUCACAUUCUUGAAUUACUAAAUGAUACUUUAGCAUUAAAGGAAAGUUGGCAUGGGCAUGAUUUUGAAGCGUGGAUUACAGGAUUUUAUUACUGGGAUACUAACAUUAUUUUUAGUGGAGGAGAUGAUAGUAUGUUUUUAAAAUAUGAUAGAAGACUAGGAUCAGAGCCAGUAUCAAAAAAUAGAAGCCAUGAAGCAGGAGUCACUUCUUUUCAUUCAAAUUCUUCUAAAGAAUAUAUUAUUGCAAGUGGAAGCUAUGAUGAACACAUACGCCUUUGGGACAUUAGAAGAAUGAAAUCAGAAAUUGAAUCUUUAAAAAUGCCUGGAACUCUGUGGAGACUGAAGUGGGAUCCUUUCAAUCAUGAUAAAUUACUUGCAGCAUGCAUGCUUGGAGGGGUACACGUUGUAGAUACAUCUAAUAGUAAUAAACUAGAGAUAGUAGCAAGUCAUUAUGAACAUAAAAAUAUUGCUUAUGGUGCAGAUUGGUGUUAUCUUAAUAAAAAAGAAUCUGCUACGUUUGAAGGACCUGGGGAACAUAUUAUUGGUAGUUGUUCAUUUUAUGAUCAUUUAUUAUGUAUUUCAAAAGUUAAUGUUGAUAAUAAAUAACCUUCUAUUGUU